CUGGCCAGGCUGACGGAGGGAGGCCGCUGAAGAGGAGGAGGAGGGGAGGCCGGGAAGGCGGCAGGUCAAAAUGGGUUUCAUAUUUUCGAAGUCUGUGAAUGAAAGCCUAAAGAGUCAACAGGAGUUUAUGCUCAUGAACUCUCGACUUCAGCUUGAAAGGCAACUCCUCAUGCAAAAUCAAAUGCGUGAGAGGCAGAUGGCUAUGCAGGUUGCUUGGACACGGGAAUUUCUCAAGUAUUUUGGAGCAUUUUUCGGACUUGCUGCUAUUGGUCUAACAGCUGGGGCAAUUAAAAGAAAAAAGCCUGGAUUAUUCCUUCCAAUUGUUCCUUUAAGUUUUGUGCUUGCCUACCAGUAUGAUAUGGGUUAUGGAUCACUUCUGCAAAGAAUGAAAGGUGAAGCAGAGCAUAUACUUGACGCAGAGAACGCGUUGGUGGAAAUGCCAAAAGGACCCCUCACUUUCGAUGGCAUUGAAAAAGCCAGAAGAGCACAGAGCACGUUUUUCAUUGAAAAAUAGUUUGGUGUGGCGAAGCAGUGCUUCAGAGAACAGAAAUAUCUAUUUGUAAUCAUGUUACCGACUUGUGAUGCUCUGAUCUAACAGUGUGUAUGCAGGGAGCCUUUGCUAAAAUCUCACCAGUCAAGCUGCUUGACAACAAAGACAUUUGGGGGGGGUGUCUAGAUUCUAGACCAUUGCUCUGCCUCUCAAAAAGCUGAUAGGCCGAUUAUUAUUUUUUAAUCUGGGCUGAGCACACACAAUUUCUCCUGUUGGAUCAGAGAAGAGGACUAUGUGCACUAUACCUAGACAGAUCACGGCAAACUUGUUUUGAAAACUAUUGUCUGAUUGUAAUGCGCAUUAUGAAAUAAAACGGAUUUAAUACAA